AUGUCUGAUAGAAAAGUUAUUCAUCCAUUGUCUAGAAAGGCAAAGUAUUUAGCUAAAGAGGGUUUUAGAGAGAUGCAUAAAAAGAAUCAAAAGGAAGAUAGAAAUAAGAAAAAUCAUAUAAUGUACCACAAAGUCAAUUGGUUUAAAGAACAUAUGAUCGCCGACAAGAAGCAAUAUACAGAGAGAGACAUGUCACGUUUGAUAGAACAAUUCAUCAAGAGAAACGAUGCAGAGUUGGGUGAUAUCGAUAGAGAACAUAAAAACGUUAAUAGAUCAAACAAAUUGGAUAUUUUGAUUUCAUUGCGUGAUAGUGAGUUGAAACAAUUCCAUGGUGAAGGUGUUACUGCUCCCGAUUUGACAAAGAUUAAAAAUGUUCAAUGGUUAAAACAAUGGGAUGGAAAUGUAGCAGUUAUUUCACAACAAGUUACCUUUAAGAAAUUCAAAUCAGUAGAAGAAAAAGAUGAUGAAAUCGUUCCAAAACCAGAAACAGAAACAACAACAACAACAACAACCACCAAUGAUCAAGAUAAAAUCCAAGAACACUACAAUAAAUUGGUUUUUUUAGUCAGAGAUCAUCUACAAAAGAGAGAAGCAUCAAUUUAUAGAGUUUUAAUAGGUGAAAUGUCAGAUCUCAUUUUCCAAAUCGUCAAGCACAACCACGCCUUCAGAAAGGUUUCCAACGGUAAGGUUUUAUCCGCCGAACCAGGUAACUUGAGAAACGUUAACUCUGUCAAGCACUCUGCUUUCGCCCGUUCAAAGAACAUCGAUAUCACCACCGACAAGAACGGUAAGGUCGUCGUUGCCAUCAAGAGCAAGGCUUCAAAGGUUUCACCAGCCAAGGCCUUCACCAAGAUCCCAACCAACACCUCCAGCUACAGAGCCACCGCCAAGACCAUCAAGAACCUCGUCCGUGAAUACAAGACCCCAGAACUCCGUUUCUCUGCCCUCGGUCGUUUCCACCGUUUGUUCAAGGCCUCCCGUAAUGCUGCUGCCAACAAGAAGGCUGCCACCAUCGCUGCCAAGAACUAA